AAAAAAACGUCACUUCUAUUUUCAUUGCGAAAAAUUUAUAUUUUCGAAUUUCAAUAAUUUUAAAUUACUGCAAUAUUCAUAGUGUGUAAUGAGUAACUAGAUUGAAAACGGAGUAAAAAGAAAACGAUAUAUAGUAAAGUGUGUUAUGAGCAUCUUUUCAAUACAUUGAUAAACAUGUCCAACGUAGCAGAAAUUUGUCGAAUAUGCCGGAAACUCGAUACCGAAACUGUUGCCUUUGUGUCUCUGUUUUCGUAUCAUGAAUUGGAAAAUAGAUCACUAGCUAGUAUGCUUGAGACGAUAGCUGGCAUUUCGGCUGACCCAAACGAUGCAAAUAUGCCGCGACAAGUCUGCUCGGAUUGUUCCAAGCAGUUGAAAAUUUCAUAUGAUUUUUACAGGCUAUGCAUAGAAUCCGAUAAAUUUCUGCGAAAUGUGAAUGCUGGCAAGGUGACUAUUUUGGAAUCAGCCAAGUAUGAGAGAUCAGAAGAACAGAAUAGUCAAUUAGUGGCAGGUCCCAGUAUUAGAUCUGGUUCCGUUUAUCUGAGCGAUUACGAUGCAUCUUUUUACCAAGUAAUAUUGGAUCGAUUUUAUUACACGGUCCUCAUUUUCGUAGCACAUCGCUGCUGUGGUUGCCGUCAGGCAUUUUGCUCAGAUGAAGAACUCCAUGUCCAUUCGCAACACGUACACAAAGCAAAUGACACGAUCCUUCGCCCGAAUCAAUGCGAGGUGUGCUACAUGUGUUUUCCCUACGCAGAUGCACUUGAGUAUCAUCGGCAAUCGGUGCAAGGUCAUCUAUUUUGCUGCCGGGAAUGUUUAUUGCUGUUUGAUAAAAAACACGCACUAUUCAGUCACCUACGGCAACACCAUCAUAGGCCGGAAAGUGAGCUCGAAAAAGAGUUCCAUUGCAUGGGAGAUGGAAUGGCUGGUCACAGCAUAUUCGACCCGGAGCCUAACCUGGUUGUGAGCAACGUGCAAUCUUUAGCAGGAACGGACGCAACUUUCGAUCCCUAUGAUUUAGGCUACUGUGAGAUAACAUCCGAUUUGAAAAUUAACCAGCUGAAACCAUCUCAGUACAAAGUGUCUGAACGCGGUGAUAAUUUUUCCAUAAUCGAGUUCACCUGGCACCGGUGCUGCGCAUGCAAUCACAUGUUUUCUCGUCAAACGGAGCUGGAUAUCCACUGCACCGAGGAACAUAGGAAGCCGUACGGUAGCACGCAGGUUGAGAGUAAACCUUUCAUAUGUUGGCAGUGCUGGCGUCGAUUCAAACGGAAGAGCUUACUCAGUUUACAUCAGAAGUUCAACAGGAAGAAAAUCUACGCAUGUAACACAUGUUUGGGGAUUUUCUUCGGAAGGCCAGUGUUCGAAAAACAUAUACCCAAAUGUACUGUCAAAGUGGAAAGUGUUAUCGGUGCAGUGAAACCUGUUCACUUGUCGGCAGCAGACGAGUUUGCCGUUUCGGAUACUCAUCUGGGCGAUGUGAAAGAAGAACCCGAAAACGAGGAUGUGUACAUUCUCAAUGAUUGAAUGUUUGAUUGUUUAUAGAAAGUUUCGUCAUCGUCGCGCGUAGCAAGCAAUGAGGUGUUUAGUUUAGUACUUCAAAAAAGAAACUUAACUAGAUAUGAAUAACGAUACCUCUUUCAUAUUGUAAUAAUUGCCAUAUAAUAAUCCUACCAACCGAAGGAAAAAUGUUUUGUCAUUUACGAGCCUUUCCCAAGUAAUGUAAACCCUUUUCAAUGUGGAAUGUUUUAAGUUUAACUCAACCUGUGGUGAGCGGCAGACUAGUGGAAUGUUGUCGACGAAUGACCAUUACGGUCGAAACUGGAGUGAAAUAAUUUAACAUUAAUCAACCGUGACUAUUGACCAAACGAUGAAACGGUUAAUCAAACCAUUGGAUAUUCUUUAUCGUUCUAUUGUGUUUCAUCCUACCUUUUAGUAUUUUGUCGUUAUUUUAAUUACUCGUAAACGAAUGCUUCAAUCGUUUCUUUAAAUAGUAGGAUGUAUUUUUAUAUUCAAACUUGAAGGAUGGAAGUAUCCAGUAGCGCAGGAUCCAGGUUCUUCACGCAAUGCACUCAUUGUUACUGUUGCGGAGACAUUGUCGAAUCAUCCGUUACCAUGGAUAAUGCCAACUCAUUUUCCGGUGCCUGUGGAUGCGUUUUCAGAUGUCGACGAAGUGCUGUCUUUUGACUGAAGAUUCGAUUACACAUCUCACAGCGAUGCGGGUUGACACCUGUAGGAAACGAAUCGAUUUUGCACGAAUUUGCAACUUACAGUGAAAACAUGUUACUGACCUGUGUGAAUUCUUUCGUGAUCGACUUGGAUACGUUUCCGUAUAAAUGUCUUAUCACAGUAACUGCAUUUGUAUGGUUUUAUACCUGGAAUUAUGGAUAGUUUAGUGAAAGAGACACAGCACAUAGGAGCAUUCAUUUUAAGAUAUAUGAUAGUUCAGUAAUUGAGUUCAACUAGAAUGACAGAUUUGAAUUCUCAA